AGGUCCAAAAGGUCCAUCGGGGACUUUGUGGAUCCGAUCCAAUGGAAGGGCAUCUCAUAUUUGGGUUCCACCGGGGAACUGUGUGGAUCCGAUCUUUAACACCUCGGGGGGCACGAAGUCAAACACGUAUCGACGUGGAAGGGAGACUAAAUGGGAUGAGACGGAGGUGAUGUAUGUUUUCGAGUUACGUGCUAAACACUUUCAUUUGGUUUGGGGUUUGGCUCGCAGGACGUCGCAGGGGCCGACCCAGCGGCCGCCGGGAAGUACUCUCGCAGCCGACCGUGUUGUAGGCCGCCGUUCGCGGAUAGAUCCGAGAAGAGAAGGCGACGGCGGACUUCUCCCUCCUCCGCGAUGGCUUCCCACCUCAAAGAUUACGGACAAGCGUUUGUGAUCAUGGGAGUCAGCGGCACCGGGAAAUCGACUGUUGCUGAGAUGCUUGCAAAGGCACUAGAUUGCAGCUUUCUUGAAGCUGAUGACUUCCACUCACAGGCAAACAAAGACAAGAUGAGAAAAGGGGUUCCGCUUACAGAUGAAGAUCGAUUCCCAUGGCUUGAAGUACUCCGCGAUGCGGUUGGGAAGAUCAUGAGCUCCAGCAAAAAUGUAACUCUUACCUGUUCUGCACUUCAGAAAAAGUACCGGGAUAUCCUCAGGUCAGCCGAUGCCGAUUACAAGCCGGGACAGUACACCAUCUGCAGGGUGAAAUUUAUAUGCUUAGAGGCUUCAGUGGAAGUAAUUGCAGACAGGAUCAGGAGAAGAUCAAAAGAUGGGAAGCAUUUCAUGCCUGUUUCUCUGUUGCAGUCCCAGUUGGACCUGCUUCAGAUUGAUGAAGCCGAAGGAGUGAUUAGGGUUGAUGCCACCAUGAGCCGUGAAGCCAUUUUAGAGAGCAUACUGACAAGCCAUUUUUGAUGACAGAAGUGGGCAGCUGAUUGUUUGAAGUGAGAAUAAAGCUUAAUAGUUCUGCUAGUGACGGAAGGUAAUAAGCUGGCAUGCAUAGCAUAGCAUACAGUUGAUAAAUUUGAUGGUUUGGUGUCGACUGAUGACACUAGUUAAACAUGAAUAAUCAUCUCUUGCUAGUGAACUCAUUUCAAUUGCCAAAGCAGGAUAAGUAUUUAUUAGACACUAGUGGAACAUUUUCUCCAUCAUACGAAGUGAUUGCUAAGUACAACUUCAGAUGAUGUUAUCUGUUCCUUUGGAAUAAUUAAUGAUUUUAAGUUCAAUGUAAUUGAUGGUGGAGAAAUAUUGCAUCUA